GCUCGGACCCCGGGAAGAUGGCGAGGAGGAGCCGCCACCGCCUCCUGCUGCUGCUGCUGCGCUACCUGGUGGUCGCCCUGGGCUAUCAUAAGGCCUAUGGAUUCUCUGCCCCAAGAGACCAUCGAGUAAUCACAGCAAUAGAGUAUCAAGAGGUUAUAUUAGCCUGCAAACACACAAAGAAGACCAUAUCCUCCAGAUUAGAGUGGAAGAAACUGGGACGGAGUAUCUCCUUGAUCUACUAUCAGCAGUCUCUUAAAGGUGAUUUUAAACAUCGAGCUGAGAUGAUAGAUUUCAGUAUACGGAUCAAAAAUGUUACAAGACAUGAUGCUGGGAAAUAUCGUUGUGAAAUUAGUUCCCCAUCAAAGAAAGGCCAAAACCUGGAAGAAAAUACGAUCAUUCUGGAAGUACUAGUGGCUCCAGCAGUGCCAUCAUGUAACGUGCCCAGCUCUGCUCUGAGUGGAACUGUGGUAGAGCUGCGAUGUCAAGAAAAAGAAGGGAAUCCAGCUGCUGAGUAUACGUGGUUUAAAGAUGGUGUCCCUUUGUUAGAGAAUCCAAAACUUGGCUUCCAAAGCACCAACAGCUCAUAUACGGUGGAUUCAAAAUCUGGGACUCUGCAAUUUAACACUGUUUCAAAACUAGACAGUGGGGAAUAUUCCUGUGAAGCCUAUAAUUCUGUCGGACGUCGCAGGUGUAGCGGGAAGCGAAUGCAAGUAGAUAACCUCAACAUAAGUGGCAUCAUAGCAGCUGUAGUAGGUGUGGUCUUAGUGAUUUCUGUGUGUGGCCUUGGUGUGUGCUAUGCUCAGAGGAAUGGCUACUUUUCAAAAGAGACCUCGUUCCAGAGAUGCAGUUCUACAUCUAAAGCCACCACAAUGAGUGAAAAUGAUUUCAAGCAUACAAAAUCUUUUAUAAUUUAAAUGAAUUCCACCUUUGAGAUACAUCAAAACCACAGUUGUUGUUACAUAUGCUAUUCAGAUUUAAAACUCAGCUUUGUCUUACUUUUGCAAGGAGGUACAUGAGGAGAUUCAAUUGGUAUUUCAUUCUAAUUUUUAUGAUCGUUAAAUUACUUGAAAUUGUCAUUUUAAACCAAUAGUUCUGUCAGCACCUAAAUAAAGUACAGUCUGGUUUCUUGUGUCUGGACAAAGUUAAAAGAAUCACAAUACUGUGUAGUAUUCUGGGGUAUAUGAAAUGUUAAAUGCCCUAACUUCUAGAAAAAGUGACUAAGAUACAUGAUACUGAUUGUGAAAUUAGUCCACAGAGCGUGAAAAUAUAAAUGGCGUCCACCCUCUGUGCAAGAGUCUGAUUUAGAAGGUUCAGGAAAUCGCGACAGAUGCAGAAGGAACCUCUGGUCUUAUUUCUACCAGAAUCCUCUUUUCUCCCCUAAUACAAUUUUUAUUCCACUGCUCAUUUAUCACUAAUCUAUUCACAGAAGGGAGGUAGCAGGAGUGGGUCUUAUUCCCAGGGAUUUGCACUUGGUAUUUAGUUUUAUUUCUGAGAACCAAAAACAACGUGAAGAAAAAUACCUAAUGAUCAGAGCUCACUCACCUGGUGUGUGUCAUUGAUUUCUUCAUUAAAUAGAACUGAGCGUCAAACACAAGCCGAAAUGUCUUACUUUGCUUGAGUUGCUUGUUGCUAUUUCCUUCUCCUAAGACCCCUUUGAAGAGGAUCAGUGAUCUUGACAUCAGACCUCGCCACUGGACCCCACACACAACCUUGUGGGUACCUUUCUCUGCAUGAUGGGGACUUCAGACUUGUCUCUGAUAAUCAUGCAGUGAAAUUCUGGGCUGGACUAAGUCCCUUGCUGGCCAGUCCUGCUUACUGAAGAGCCAGGGAUAUAGAGAGGAGAAGGGGUUGUCUGGCAAAUGGAGUGAAAAAUCGGUCCAGUCAUCUGGUUUCUCCACAGAUUAAUCAUAAAGGUGUCCAAGCUCGUGUUACAAAGGGAAAAUUCCAAUGAUCGAUGUAAUCAUAAGAGUAAUUAGGCUGUGUUAAAAGGAAUAAUCAUCUGUAACUUAUUGUGAUUUUUCGGUUACUAUUGAAAAUAAAAUAUCUAGGCAAAUCUGGAUGAAAAGCUGAUUCACAAACUUUGACAACUUUGAACAUGGGUAAGCUGCUUUUAAAGGAAUCCAUUUUUCUUCCUCAAUAGACAAAGCAAAUCCCAGGGUUCAUUGGGCAAACAAAUGGCUUAAGCACUAGCGUGUACCUGGAUACCACAGCAGGUCACUGUUCCGAUGCCCGUUGUCAGACUGUGCCUUGCCCCCCACUUGUCUGUGGCAUUGGAUGCUUCUCACCAGACUCCUCCCAAUAUUUCCUAUAAAGGGCCAGAUAGUAUUUUAAGCCACACUGGUUUUAUGGUGCCUGUUACAACCACACCACACAACUCUGCCUUUGUAGCACAAAAGCAGCCGUAGACAAUAAGAAAUGGCAUGUUUGUGUUCCAACAAAACUUUAUUUACAAAAACAGCAGGCACAGAUAGGAUUUGGCCCACGUGCAUAGUUUCCCAACUCCUGGUGGUGAAUCAGAGAAAAACACCUAUCUGUAAGCUUUUGCAAAAGAAAAUUAAGCUAAAUGUUACCCAUGCUUUGAUUUGCUUUGGUAUGAGGAAUGCUUUCGUGUUGCAUUGCCACAGGCCCAAGAGUGUGUGUGAGUCUCAGAGACGGCUCCUCGGGCAUAACUACCAUCACCCAAGAUCAAGUUCUUCAGUUUAAAGGACACGGAUUCAGAUUGUGAGGGAAAAUAUAUAGUGCCUUAGCUUUACUAACAGAUGAAAGUUGCUGAGCCGUUUGGCUAGAAGAUUCAUCUUAUAAAGUGUUAACGUACAACACUCUCAUUGAGUCAAAUAUGUAUUAUACAUUAUCUUAAUAUAUUGUAUGUAGCUAAGUAAAAGUCAUUGUGUACAGAAUGCUUGCUCCCACACAAAGGACAUAAUGUUGAGCACUCAUUUUCCAUUUAUUAAAAGUAUACCCACCUAUA